GUUUUAUCGAAUGUAAGGUUUUUUUUUUUUUUUUUUUUUUUGGAAAUAGGUUAAUUUAUUGUUCAAUACUUUGUACAGUUAUUUCCGUUACAUAUUAUUUUUCCACUCUACUUUAUGUCAAAUCGUUGCAAAUAAUAUACUCGUAUAACGGAUGUAGUAUAUAGAAUGAGACGGUACCAAAAAAAAGUGUUAAUUUGUAGACAAUAUUUUAAAACUAAAAGAAAUAAAGAUGAUUGAAAACAAAAAUGAGACAACGCACACAUAAAUACAUAAUGUUAUUACACAUUUACACAUCUUUUGGAUGAUCGGUAAUCCUUUCAUUGAGUUAAUGAGCAAAUAAACAGCUUCGUACAAAGAAGCCGUAAGAAUGGCUAUAUCUCCAAUACAGGCUUCUCAUAUCUAUAUCUCCCGAUUCUCCCCAACAAUGGCCCUCACAUCAUUUUGGCUACUAACAACAAUCAACAAUACAUGCAGCAAUCAAGCAAGCAAAACAUCAUGCUCACAAGGUGUUCGUCAAAAUGUCAAAGAGACCAAGAGCGAAGCAUCAUGCCCACAAGGUGUUUGUCAAAAUGUCUAGGAGGGCAUAUGCACAGGUAAGCUCCAUAAACUCCAUCAAUUAAAUGUGAAUGGUUUAAUUCUACACACACCACUUUAAGCUAACAUUGUAUUCUUAAUUAUACUCUAUAUUUUAGCGAUGAAAUAAGUCAAUUACCACUUUUAAUUCUAUGUGUUCUCUAUGUUCACUGUCCUUCUUUUGCAAGCACUUCAAUUAGAUAAUUCAAUUUACAGAGGACUUUGGAUAGAUGGAAACAAACUAGGGAGCAUCAACAAUCUAAUGGAAGUACUACGUAAAAUUGUGGUUUAAAGGUACACCCGAGUACUCGACCCAACAAUAUUCUAGGUUGUACAUGGUACACGUUUAUAAUAGACUAAUACACUUGUUGCUUGUUAUACGUGGUUGUAGAACAGAGCCCUAUAGUUAAAUUAAUACUCCAUAGUAACAACUAACAAAGUAACCCUCUUUCUACUCUAUUCCCUUCACCUCCCUAAUCCUCUCUUAUUUUUUUUCAUUUAUGUGCUCGAAUUCGAGACUUUCACCACUCGUUAUUGAAAAUAAAUCAAACCUCACUAAAAUGGGGAAUAUUGCAUUCAUACUCCCUUGAUUUCUAACUUAAUUACUAUUACCAAGACAAUUUUUUAAGAAAAUAAAAUUACUAGCAAUUAUGACAUAUAAUAAUGCUAGUGAAAGUGGUAGAAAAGAGUGUAGUAAUAAAAUGUUGACGCAAGACCAUAAUACGUAAUAUAAAAAUGUUCACAGCAUAAUAUAAUAUAUACGGACAACGGACUACAAAGUAUAUUACAGAUACAGUAUAAAAUUUGCAAGUGUGAAGUGCCAAUAACCUAAAUCUCAGGGAAUCUAAUGUCUAUUCAGUUAAUUCAUGUACCAAGUAUAUUAAAUAUCACCAAGUCAAAAAUAUUUACGAGUAUAGCGAUAACUUCACGUUCUUCCACUUCACAAUAUUACACUACAGUACACUACUACACUUUGUUGGGAUUUGAUUGGAUGAUUGUCACGUGACAUGUUGACACUCCAUCUGGUAGAUUACUUACUACGUAUUUGUAAAUUGUAAUGACACUCAUACCAAUAUGCCAAUAUUUCAUCUCCCAGAAAAUGUAUUUACGACAAAUUUGUUGCAUUUAAUGUCUAGUUUAAAAUAGUGCAAUUAAAUCAAAGAUAAUUAAUGAUCGAAAGACAACCCAAAUAAUCUUGAAAAGCAAUCUAAUAUACCCAAAGUUUUGACACUGACAACUCACUACGUUAUUUUCAACUAAUUUGUUCCUUUGCAUUCCUUAAAAAAAGCAAGUCUUGUGUAAAAAAAAAAAAAAAAAGAAAGAAGAAAAGGCAACUCUAACCCACAAGUGAAAAGGGAGAGAGAGAGAUGGAUGUGUCAGGAGCUCUUUCACUGGUGAAAUCUGUGAUCGAAGUGUUGGGUUCUCCCAUUUGGUGGAGGAUUGAAGGUGUAUUGGGUUUGGAAUCCCGGCUGGACAAACUCAGAGAAACCAUGUCCACUAUUGAGGCUGUGCUCCUUGAUGCUGAAGAACAAGAGCAGCUGCAGCACUAUCGUUGUAGCCGUGUUGAACGUAACAGGCUUCAGAGGCUUAAGGAGGCUCUUUACCGAUGUGAUGACUUGUUUGACGAGAUUGCCACUCUUGGUCAUCUCAAAGAGCUCAACUCAUGUAACAACAAGGUGUGUAAUGAGGCAUGCCUUUUCUUCUCUCGCUCUAAUCAACUUAAUUCUGCUUUCAAUUGGUCGCAAGAGAUGGACAACAUAUUGGAGAUGUUGGAGGACAUUGUGAAAGAUCAUCGCCAUAACUUUAGCUUGAGACACCCUGUUGGUCUCGAUGCUAAGCAGAUGAGAAUUGAUGCAAGGGAAACUCAUUCCUUUGUGUGUGAGGAGAAAGAUGAGAUCAUUGGGAGGGCUGAUGAUAAGCAGAAAGUGAUAGAUAAGUUACUCAACACUGCUGUUGAGCAGGAUGUUUUUGUUGUCAGCAUAGUUGGGAUUGGAGGCUUGGGGAAAACUACUCUAGCCCAACAGGUUUAUAAUGAUGAGAUGAUUGUGAAGAAAUUCACUCGGAAGUUGUGGGUUUGUGUCUCUGAUGAUUUUAAUGUCAAAGUGCUUCUUGGUAAAAUCCUUGCAGCUGCAAACCCUAAAAACCCUGUAAUCAAGCAUGGUUUGAGUAAGGACCACCUCCAGAUGAAACUUCGAGAAGAACUGGAUGGGCAGAAUUAUCUCCUUGUUUUGGAUGAUGUAUGGAAUGAGGAUCUUGGUAAGUGGCUUGAGUUGAGAAAUCUGUUGAGCGGAGAUGGGCGGGUUUGCAAAAUUUUAGUGACUACUCGGUCCAAAAAGGUAGCUGAUGUUGUGGGAAGUCAUUGCCCUCACUGGACACAUGAAUUGAUGGGUCUCUCAGAUGAAGAUUCGUGGACAUUGUUUCAGAGAAUGGCACUCAAACAUGAGGAACACCCACUGAAAUCACACUUAAUUGAUGUCGGAAAAGAUAUUGUUCGUAAGUGUGCCAAUGUUCCACUAGCCAUAAGAGUGGUUGGAAGUCUUCUUCGAGGUCAGGGGAAAAGUAAGUGGAAAAUUUUGAAAAAUACUGACUUGGCAAACAUUGUACAAGACGAAAUCAAUGGCAUAAUACCUGUGUUGAAGAUCAGUUAUAAUUACCUUCCGUUCCAUUUGAAGAGUUGCUUUAGUUAUUGUGCUGUAUUACCUAAGGAUUACAUGAUUACCAAGGAGCACUUGAUCUGUCUCUGGAUGGCUCAAGGCUUCAUUAUGCCGUCAGAUGGAGAGAGCUUUGAAGAUGUCGGUGAAGAGUAUUUUGAGCAAUUGCUACAGAGAUGCUUCUUCCAAGAUGACGAACUAGCCAAGGGUACUGAUGAAAUUAGAUCAUUUAAAAUGCAUGAUCUGAUUCAUGAUCUUGCCAAAGAGGUAGCAGGCAAAGAAAUAUUGUCGUGCAAUUAUAGCAAACGAUGUUUUAACGAAAAAACUCGCCAUGUAUUUAUUAGUGGAAGUAUUCCUAAAGAAUUUCUUGGUGAUUUGACCAAGAUGAAAAGGGUGCGUACAUUUCUAUGUUAUGUUCUUCCUUUCUCUUUCAAAAGUCUUGUUGUGGAGGUAUCAAAAAUGAAGUACUUGAGGGUAUUGUGUUUGACUCAUAAUAUGAAAACGUUGCCAAGCCAGUUAGGUGAAUUUCUAAGGUAUCUUGACCUCUCAUUUAGUGAUCAUCUCUGUGUAUUGCCCUCAUCCAUUACCAAGCUUUAUAACUUACAAACUUUAGAGUUGUUUAGCUGUACGAAACUAUUAAGGCUGCCAAGGGAUUUGAGCAAAUUAGUUAAUCUUAGGCACCUUAAUAUAUCUGGUUGCAAGAGUUUGACACACAUGCCUCCAGGGAUGAAUAGCAUGAAAUCUCUGCAAAAGUUGACAAUGUUUGUGGUUAGUGGAAGUGGAAGAAGCAAUGCUUCUUGGAAUUUAUGGUCAACUGGUGUUGGGCAGCUUGAAGAUUUGGAUGAUUUCACCAAUUAUACUCACACAAUGGAAAUUAUAGUUAAAAAAGGUGUGGGAUACGUUGCAAUAGAAGCGACAGGAGGGGGAAUGCUAUUAAAUUGUCAAAAUUUGUUGGAAAUUGAGUACCGGUGGGAAGAGAAGAAUAAUAAUGCAGAAGAAUUGCUACAAGGCUUACAACCCCACUCUAAUCUUAGAAAGUUAGAGUUGUGUGAAUAUCCAGGAGUGAGGCUCCCAAUCUGGAUGAUGAAUCUCAAUACUUGUCUCCCAAAUCUUGUUCGUAUUGGGUUACAUUUUUGUCAAAGGUUGGAGCAUCUUACAUUGAUGAGUCAACUGCGCCAUUUGAAAGUCCUUGAAUUGGCUGUUUUGAAUGAAGUGGAGUAUGUGGAGGGUAGUAGUAGUAAUAAUAGUGGAGAUGAAGAUGAGUCGGUAUUCUUUCCAUCCCUUGAAAAGCUGAAGCUUUUCAUAAUGCCAAAGUUAAAUGGAUGGUGGAAGUCGUCAUCAGAAUCAAGGAAAGGUGAGAGUCCACAAGCAGCAAAGCUCUCUCAUCUUAAUAUACGAUAUUGUUCAAACUUGAAAACUUUUCCUUUCUGUCCAGAAUUUGAUGGAGUGCUGGGCUCAUCAAUGAAUCUCAGUACUUGUCUUCCAAAUCUUGUUAAAAUUAAAAUAUAUAAGUGUUACAGAUUGGAGUAUCUUCCAUGGAUGCGUCAACUGCGCCAUUUGAAAGUCCUUGAAUUAGAAGGAUUGGAUGUAGUGGAGUAUGUGGAGAGUAGAUGUAAUACUAUUGGUGGAGCAGAUGAUGAUGAGUUGUUAUUCUUUCCAUCCCUUGAAAAGUUGAAGCUUAUCAAAAUGCCAAAGUUGAAGGGAUGGUGGAAGUCGGAAUCAGAAUGUGAGACACCACAAGCACUAAUGCUUUCUCAUCUUAUAAUUUUAAAUUGUCCAAAUUUGACAACUUUUCCUUUGUGUCCGGGACUGGAAGAAUUGGAAUUGAUCGAUUUUAAUGAAGCACUAGGCCCAAUUAUGAGAGAGACUACUCAUGAUUUGUCUAAUGAAAAACAGCAGCAGCAAGACGACAAAGUAAGGCCGGGAAGAUUGAGGGAAGUGAAGAAGAUAGAUAACGUGGGAUAUCUAAAUUCUAUGCCCAUCCACUCUUUCCAUCAUCUUUCUAAUCUCUGUAAUUGCAAUGACGACAAAAUGGAGAGAUUGAACAUAGGAGCUGCGGGGGAGGUGUUCCGAAGCUGUCGCCUGUCCUCUCUUCGCUGCCUUAUAAUUGAGAAAUGCCGUAAAUUAAAGAGCAUAUCAGGACGAGGAGUGUGGGAGCAUUUCACUGCCCUUGAGAGUCUAAAAUUGUAUGACCUUGAAGAGUUGGAAUUGGAGGGUGAAGAUGAUGUCAUCAACAAUGAAAGCACAGAAGAAGGAUGCAUUAAAAAUGAAGUAGAGAUGCCAUGGAGACACAUUGCUCCCACUCUCCGUUCCUUAGAAUAAAAAGAUCUACCAAAGGUGGUGAAGCUGCCAAAGGGGAUUGGAUGCUUAUCAUCUCUCCAUUCCCUGACUAUUCAAAAUUGUUCGAAAUUGAAAACAAUGCCAGAAGAGAUGCGGAACCUCACCUCCUUAAUUCAUCUUGAUAUUAGGGGGUGUAGAAUGGAAUUAAAGAAAAGAUGCAAGAACCCGAAUGGCGCUGACUGGCCCAAUAUUCAACAUAUCCCGAACAUAGAUAUUUAAAAUCACAACAAGAAUUCUUUGAGUCAAUGCUCAUAUACUGCUCGAUUAAUAAAAGGUAAUAUCUGAUUACAUACAAAAAUGGUGUUAUAUGAUAAGGAAGAGAAGGAUUUUUACUUAAUUAUGUACAUAAUUUUUCAAAAAGAAUAUGCAUGAUUUUUAUUUAUUUUUCUAUAUUUUUUAUUCAAAAAACAAAAACUUGAGGAUAUAUUUCUGUGUAUAAGAAAAUCCUUACAGGACUAAAUUAGUUUAGGAAAGCACAUUGUUUUUACCAUUUCCCUAUUCUCUGGUUAAUUUUCUUGUCUUUAGAAGUAUUGUGUUUGUGCAUCUGACUACCAAAAUAUUGUUUUGUUAACUUCCCUUUCUUAUUACAAAGAAUGAUACAGGUAUGUACUCUAUUCUUGUUUAAAUAAAUGAAACGUUUUGACUUUUUUGGAGUUUUAGGAAAAUUAGUUAAAUUUAUUACGGAAUAAAAAAAAAUUAAAUAAAAAAAGGUAGGAGGGUAUAAAUUGAGGAGAGAGAAGAGACUAAGGGAUUUUGUGGGAACCAUAGCUAGUAGAAUGUAUUAAAAAAUAGAGAGAAUAUCAUUAAAAAUAGAAGGAAGUUACUAAAAAAGGAAAUGUUUUAUUUAUUUAAACAUGGUCGGAAAAGGAAAAUGCUUCAUCUAUUUAAACAUGGAGGGAGUAAUUUGCAUGAAUGACCAUUCUGUAAGUCUACUGCUUUAUUUCUUACGUGGCAUUUAUGCUUCUUUAUAUAGGAACGCACAUAAUGAUAGUGAUAGUAAUGAGCCCGAUGUAAAUAAGGGCUUUUCGAAGAUCAUAAACUAAAAAGUCAGAGAACUACCAACUGAAGCAGAGAAAUGUUCAAUGUAUGUAACAUAAAUCAAGUGAUCUGUUUUGCUGUAUCCUUAUUGUUAUCUGAAGCUUAGGUUGGUUAACAGAGAGAUACCAGGAAAUGGAGUACAUGAAAUGCAGGUUAUUAUAUGUUAUCCUUGCUGCCUCCCCAACCUAUUUGUAUGUAUAUAUAUAUAUAUAUAUUUUAUCUUGUCUA